CUUUCCCGCGGCUUGAAUGCGCGCAAGGGCGCAGGCGCAAAACCGUGGCGCUGAGAGAGUAAGAGUGCGACUGCGCGCCUGGGAAGGGCGAUAGACUGCAGACGCGCCUGCGCGAAGCGUCUUCCUCCCUUCCUCUCUCCCCGAGAGGUGCAAGUGUCGCAGACUGAAUUUGACAACCACAGUAAAAAAUGCUAAGAGCCAAGAAUGGACUUUUGCGCCUCUGGCCCUGCUGUUACAGGAAAGAAGCAGGGCCACACUGUCAUGAGCAUGUCUGGCGCUCAGUGCAUCAACAGGUCCUCCACCCAGAGUGGGCUGCAAUGGCUAAAAAGCAGCUAAAGGGCAAGAAUCCAGAAGAGUUGAUAUGGCACACACCAGAGGGAAUUGCUAUCAAACCACUAUAUGCUACGCGGAACACAGAGGGCUUUCCUGAGGAACUUCCUGGGGUAAAACCUUUCACUCGUGGUCCUUAUCCCACCAUGUAUACCUACAGGCCUUGGACCAUCCGCCAGUAUGCUGGCUUCAGUACUGUGGAGGAGAGCAACAAAUUCUACAAGGACAAUAUCAAGGCUGGCCAGCAGGGUUUAUCAGUUGCUUUUGAUCUGGCAACUCACCGUGGGUAUGAUUCAGAUAACCCCCGAGUUCGUGGUGAUGUUGGAAUGGCGGGAGUUGCCAUUGAUACAGUAGAAGAUACCAAGAUUCUUUUUGAUGGAAUUCCUUUGGAGAAAAUGUCUGUUUCAAUGACAAUGAAUGGAGCAGUAAUUCCUGUUCUGGCUACAUUCAUUGUAACUGGAGAAGAACAAGGAGUACCUCAAUCCAAGCUGACAGGGACUAUACAGAAUGAUAUACUGAAGGAAUUCAUGGUCCGAAAUACAUACAUUUUCCCCCCAGAGCCAUCAAUGAGGAUAAUUGCUGACAUCUUUCAAUACACAUCAAAGCACAUGCCCAAAUUCAAUUCUAUUUCCAUCAGUGGAUACCAUAUGCAGGAGGCUGGAGCUGAUGCCAUUUUGGAAUUAGCUUAUACCAUAGCUGAUGGCUUGGAGUACUGUAGAACUGGACUUCAGGCUGGCCUUACCAUUGAUGAAUUCGCACCAAGGCUGUCUUUCUUCUGGGGAAUUGGUAUGAACUUCUAUAUGGAAAUAGCUAAACUAAGAGCUGGGAGGCGGCUUUGGGCUCACUUAAUAGAGAGAAUGUUUCAGCCCAAGGACACCAAAUCUCUUCUCCUUAGAGCUCACUGUCAGACGUCUGGAUGGUCACUGACUGAACAGGAUCCUUAUAAUAAUAUCAUCCGCACUACAAUUGAGGCAAUGGCGGCUGUAUUUGGAGGCACCCAGUCCUUGCAUACAAAUUCAUUUGAUGAAGCUUUGGGAUUGCCAACUGUGAAAAGUGCUCGAAUUGCCAGGAAUACCCAGAUUAUAAUACAAGAAGAGUCUGGCAUUCCUAAAGUUGCCGAUCCAUGGGGUGGCUCAUUUUUGAUGGAGUCUCUCACCAAUGAUGUGUAUGAAGCUGCUUUGAAGCUCAUUAAUGAGAUUGAGGAAAUGGGUGGGAUGGCCAAAGCUGUAGCUGAAGGAAUCCCAAAACUUCGAAUUGAAGAAUGUGCUGCUCGGAGACAAGCCAGGAUUGAUUCUGGAUCUGAAGUAAUUGUUGGCGUAAAUAAGUAUCAGUUAGAAAAAGAAGAGACUGUUGAAGUUUUGGCAAUUGAUAACACUUCAGUUCGCAACAAGCAGAUUGAGAAACUUAAUAAGGUUAAAGCUUGUAGAGACGAUGCAGCAGCCCAAAGUUGUCUCACUGCCCUAACAGAAUGUGCUGCCACAGGCCAAGGCAAUUUGCUAGCGCUGGCGGUGGAAGCAGCCCGUGCAAGAUGUACUGUUGGUGAAAUAACAAAUGCAAUGAAAAAGGUGUUUGGUGAGCACAAAGCCAGUGAUCGUAUGGUUAGUGGUGCUUACCGUCAGGAGUUUGGAGAGAGUGAUGAAAUUGUUCAUGCUCUUAAUAGAGUUAACAAAUUCAUGGAGCGUGAAGGACGUAGACCACGUCUUCUAGUUGCUAAAAUGGGCCAGGACGGUCAUGAUAGAGGAGCCAAAGUGAUUGCUACAGGAUUUGCUGACCUUGGAUUUGAUGUGGAUAUAGGCCCACUCUUCCAGACGCCCCAUGAAGUGGCCCAGCAGGCUGUAGAUGCUGAUGUGCAUUGUGUGGGUGUGAGCACACUAGCUGCCGGUCACAAAACCCUUGUUCCUGAACUCAUCAAAGAGCUAAAUGCCCUUGGCCGCCCAGACAUUCUUGUCAUGUGUGGAGGUGUCAUCCCUCCUCAGGAUUAUGACUUUCUGUAUGAUUCUGGUGUUUCCAGCAUAUUUGGUCCAGGAACCCGGAUUCCAAAGGCAGCUGUUCAGGUUCUUGGUGAUAUUGAGAAACGUCUAGAUAAGAGGCAGCAAUUUAUGUAAACUACAGGCAAUUAGUACAAUGAAAUGUUCUAUCUCUAGGGAAGAUGGAAGAGGUCACAGCAGAGGCAAAAUGGAUAUCAGGGCACUGCAUGACUGCUGAGGUUGCUUCUUUGCUGGGGUCCUGCCUCUUUAAGCUGAAGGGAGGCACAAGAAACAAUCAGACUGCAUGGGCUCGGCAAUGGGAAUUGGGGUGGGAUUGAAAACAAAGAAAGAAGAGAAUGACAGGCCCACCAGACCUGUCUAAUCUUCUAAAGCUAUCUAAACUACAGCAGUACUACUUUUCUGAGAGUGCCAAAAAUAUUUUUUUCUUUUGGUCUCUGCAAACGUUUUUAAAAAGAUUGUGGGGAAGGGGUCUGGGAGCAUAGUGUAGGCCUGGCAGGCAGUGUGAAAGAUAAGGAACUGAUAUUUGAGUUUGAGGUUCUGUUCAGGGCCUCAGACCCCACUUCUGCUCUGCACUUAGUAUGUGGGCUUGGGUCUCGCUUCAUUUGUCUCCCUCAGUCCCUCUAGUCCCACAUUCUGUUUUAAACAGUAACAGUAGUAGUAGUAGUAAUCUUUUUUCUUUUUUUUUGGUAGCAAAAACAGUAGCAACUCACUCAGGGCCAUUAGACCUGCCUGUGAAAGCAGCACCACACAUUUUUUGAAAAUGCUGGUGUGUUGCUCCCUUAGAAUGCAAAAAUUAAUAAACGUGCUUAAAAUUUAGAUAGUAUGUCCAACAUAAAAGCAGAACUUACCAAAUGUGUAUCAAUUUGCUGUUGAAUAUGACUUGUGUUGAAAUAUGAAAGUGUUUGCUGUUGAAUAUGACUUGGUUCAAUUAUGACUUUUGUUUAAAAUUGUCAUUUUUUUGCAGUGGGAGCACUUCUGCUGCAAAAAAAAGCUCCAGCGGAAGUGAGGUGUGCAUUCACUUCUACUUCCUGCUGGACCUUCUUGGUUGAGGGAAGAAUGGGAAUGACAGCGGGGGCUGGUGACUUACGAAGAAAGCAGCAACUUAAAAAGUGCUGCCAUUAAUUGAUUACACCACAAUUCGUAUUUUCAGUGUGUAACACAACUUAUAUAUCUACCCUGUUUAUUAUGACUUGGUGCCAUCUAGUUCUGAUAUAUACACAGGCAUUCUCUAUGUACAUACAUUAUAGUUGUUCUGCUUGAGUAAUAAGCUGGACAUCGUCCAUCCCCAGAGUUUAUAGUAGUGAGGCCAAAUGUUGCUAUGCCCCUGCUGCUGAGAUAUGGCAGCAUUUAAAUUGUGGGCUCCACACUACUAAAUAUGCCCAUUGCUAUUUCAGCUCCACCUAAAGUUCUGGCUACCCAACCCCACUCCUAAAUGUGUUUAGAAUUGGAAUGUAAGGCAGCUGAACCCUUCCUGUUUACUGCAUAACCUUUCACACAUAGGAGUUGGUUUCUGCCAUGUUGCGACAUACUAUUCCCUUGCAUGCCUUUUCCUUUUUGUCAUAGUGUGCUCUGCUUGCCCAAGCCAUUUUUUGUUUCUCAAGCUACUAUCCUCAUUGUGUUUUUCUUUUCUUUUCUUUUGCACUUCCAUGUCCUGCUCAGUUUGCCUCCUUACAUUCUUGUUCAAUGUUUCUCUUUAAGUCAAUAGUCUUCCUGAAUCUGUGGUGAUAUCUUAUGGCCAUAGAGUAGCCCUUUGCGGACAGGGAUCAAUUUUAUUUAUCUUGUUUAUUUGUUAUUUUUCUUUGUAAACCGCCCUGAGCUAUUUUUGGAAGGGCAGUAUAGAAAUAAAAUAAAUAAAUAAAAUAAAAUAAAAUAAAAUAAUAGUGGCCUUAAAACUGUAUGGGCAGGAGAGUUGCUAGAUAUUUUGUGACGUUGCUAAUCUUUUGCUGAGAAGACAUGUAUGAAAAGUGAGUAGGGCAGAAUAACCCAUUUAUGGGUUAUUCCCCCAUUCAAGGUAUGGAAAUGUCUUUAGCAAAUAAAAACAACAGGGUUUUCCUUUUAUGCUGGUGACGCACAUCGGCUUCUCUGUUGUGGCACCCACAGAUGCUUAUGCAAAGAUUUCAGUAUCCAUGCUAAAUAAUAGGAAAUCUGGCCAGGCAUUUCCUCUUUCUUUUUCUCCAUGAAAAACUUCAUUCUGUAAACCUGAAUGUAUGUUACAACUUAAGAUCAGUCCCCUAAACCUUAAAACCUGGAUGAAAUCUAUACAUUAUUACUACACGCUUGUCAAUUACAAAAGCUUUCAGUGUCCCAACUUGAUAGGAGGUAAAUGAUGUUAGUCUGUUGAAACAAACAACAAAGAGUCCUGUGGAAUCUUAAAGUCUAGCAGAUUUAUUAUGACAAGCUUUUUUGGGCUGCAGCCCACGUCAUCAGCUGCAUGAAGUGUUACCCUGUGAUGGCAGAUUAUACACCCACAGAUGCAUAUCAAGAACAUGAGUGUAAACAAUGGAGCCAAAAGGCUAUGAAAUACAAGAGGUACAGUCUGUCACAAUUCUAUGUAAAGCUUAAAUGUAUUCAAUUUAAGCAAAGUGACUGCUCACAAGAGCAGCAAUGGACAAUAACGUGGUUUUCCUAAUGUAAGUCUUUAUAAGGACCAAAUGAAACAUCACAAAGUAGCAAGCAGAUUCAAGUUCACCAGAACUCUUCAUCAGUCUAGGUGAUCUUAACUUUGUUAUAUUUCUUGAACAUCUUGAGUGGGAGAGAUAACUUUAGUCUCCAUUUCCUCCUAAACAAGUAGAACUGAACAUACAUAAAUUCUAGUGUGGUAGCUGCAUGCUGGAGCUCCUAAAGGAGUGAUUAAACUGAUUUUUAGGUCAGCAGCAGAUUGUCCAAAGACGCUGAAAUGUGUCCAAAGUGCUGGUUUCUAUGAUCUGUUUCUACAUUUCCUUUAAAAAUACAGCUGUUCUAUUGCA